UCCAAGGGAUUGAAGAAUUCAUUUUAGAAAAUACUUUUUGCUUAAGCUGAUAAGACAAACAAAUAAAAUCAUGAAUUCCAUUUAUUUAUUCAUGCUGACAUGCUGUUGCUAUGUUCAUACUGUAGAGAAGCACUUAAAAAUUGGAAUUGGUAAAAUCCUCCAACCCACCAAGGACAAAAGUAUCACAAUCAUGGGAUGGCUGCCAUUUAUGUCGACAGCAUCUAAUAAUAACGAUCCUAUCACUUUCAAUAUAUUUAGUAGUAUUUACAUAUAUAAAAUACUAUAUCUUUUUAUUUAUUUAUUAUUUUUUUCUCUGGCUGGCCUAGGCCCAAGCGAAGGUUAAUAAAUCAAUGUACUUGGCUGAAAAUUGUCACAUUACAUUCGGUUUCUACUACCUGUAGAUUUUCAGCAUCAGCAUCUAAAUAUGUGACUUGGCUGGAUUGAUUUUUGGAAUCAUUGCGGCUGUCUUGUUUAAAAACCACAACUAGUUGGUAUACCGGUAUAUAUUUCAUCGAUUGUAACUCAAUGGCAUAUUAAACAAGGUUCCAGAUUAUUUCCAGACACUAUCCAUAUUCCAUGGAUUCAUCAUUCUACUACUGCAUUUUGCUCUCAUUAUUCCUUUAUUUCAUGAAAAAGCGUUGGCACAAAACUAAAAGAAGGCUACCUCCAAGCCCUGCUUUGUCUCUGCCAAUUAUUGGGCAUCUAUGCCUCUUGAAGAAGCCUCUCCACCGAACAUUCGCCAAACUAUCAGACCAAUAUGGUCCAAUUUUAUACAUCCAUUUUGGCUCUCGCCCUGUCGUCGUUGUAUCUUCUCCUUCUGCAGCAGAGGAAUGCUUCACGAAGAACGACAUCACCUUUGCGAACCGUCCUAUGCUGCUUGCUGGAAAACACCUUGGAUAUAACUUUACCACCCUGGUCUGGGCCUCUUAUGGCCCGCACUGGCGCAACUUGAGGCGCAUAGCUAACCUUGAGAUUUUGUCAUCUAACCGACUUCAGAUGUUCUAUGGGAUUCGCAGGUUUGAGCUCAGGUCGUUGAUUCGCCAGCUUUUUAAUAAAGGUUGCCAAGGUGGUGAAUUUCAGAGAGUUGAUAUGAAGCGUGCGUUUUUUGAGCUAACUCUUAACGUGAUGAUGAAGAUGAUUGGUGGAAAGCGUUAUUAUGGAGAAGAUAUGGCCGAAAUUGAGGAAGCUAGACAGUUCAAAGAGAUUGUGACAGAGACAUUUGAAUUGAGUGGGGCUACCAAUAUUGGAGACUUUUUGCCGCUUAUGAACUUUGUGGGAGCAAGUGACCUCGAGAAAAGGUUGGUGGUAUUGCAGAGAAAAAGGGACCAAUUCAUGCAAGAUUUGAUUGAAGAACAUAGGAAACUGCGGAGAGAUUGUUCUGCUUCCGAAGAGAAAAGCAAAACCAUGAUCGAUGUUUUGCUAUCGCUGCAAGAAACUGACCCUGAAUAUUACACCGAUGAAAUUAUAAGAGGCAUGGUACUGGUGAUGCUGUCUGCAGGGACAGAUACCUCGAGUAGUACCAUGGAAUGGGCACUAUCCCUUUUACUCAACAAUCCAAAUGCUCUUUUGAAAGCAUGGGCUGAAAUUGAUGCACAGGUUGGGCAAAGCAGACUAAUUGAAGAAUCAGACCUCGCCAAACUUCCCUAUCUACGGUGCAUCAUAUAUGAGACCCUCAGAAUGUAUCCGGUCACCCCACUCUUGGUCCCGCACGAGUCAUCAGAGGAUUGCACGGUGGGAGGAUUUUCUGUUCCAAAUGGCACAAUGUUAUUGGUGAAUAUAUGGGCCAUACAAAAUGAUCUCAAGCUGUGGGAAGAGCCUGAACAAUUUAGGCCCGAGAGGUUCCAAGGUUUGCAAGGAGGGAGAGAUGGGUUCACGUUUUGGCCAUUUGGGUCAGGGAGGAGAGGUUGUCCUGGGGAAGGUCUGGCUAUGCAGAUGGUUGGAUUGGCUUUGGGAUUACUCAUUCAGUGCUUUGAAUGGGAGAGAACAAGUGAGGAUAUGGUGGACAUGACUGAAGGGACUGGUCUAACCAUGCCUAAAGCUCAGCCCUUAAUGGGGAAGUGUAGACCACGUUCAAUAAUGGUUAACAUCCUUUCUCGACUCUAAUGCCCACUGCAAUGUAGUUGGUAAUUUGAUUAUAGAUGCCAUUCGCAAUGUAGCUGUUGUGCUUUCAAUUGAAGUCAAAUAGAUAAAAUAAAAAAUAAUAAUAAUAAAAAAGAGAAAUACUUUUUAAUUACUUUGAUGCUUUUUUUGUGGCGAAUUACUUUAAGGCUUUAUUACCACUACUUUAUGUCUACUGACUGUAUCUUCAUCCAAA